UUUUUUCUAAGAGAAACAAUCCUGUGGUUAUUUUUUUUAACACAGAUUUUCUUCUACAGAAAAAAAAGGGAAGAAGAAGAAAAAGAGGAAGCAGUUCACUUCCUGCGUCUCUUGUUUUGGUCUCACAGCUUUCUUCUUUAACCACAGAUUUGUGAUUCAGUUUGAAGCACCAAAAAGAAUCUUCUUCAUCCCGUCUUCAAAGACGUGGUCACCAGAAUGACAUCAGAGCUGAAUGGAAACGUCACCCUGUCAAACUGGACGACCCCGGUACCUGGUGGUGGUCCAGGUAGUCCUGGUGGUCGAGGGGGAUGCCCACCUGUGGGUAUCCAACUGGAGGGUUUGAUUCUCCCUCCGGUCCUCACCAUCGAUGUCAUACUGGGGCUGCUGGGAAACGUAGUCGCUCUGUGGAUCUUCUGCUUCAAACUAAAGACCUGGAACCCAAACACCCUGUUCCUCUUUAACCUGGUCAUCGCGGACUUCCUGGCUCUGGUGAGUCUGCCGCUCAGGAUCGAUGCCUUGCUCAGGGGCCACUGGGUGUUUGGAGACGGCAUGUGCCGGAUCAACCUGUUCCUGAUGUUUUCAAACCGCUCGGCCAGCAUCGCGCUCAUGACUGUGGUGGCAAUCUACCGUUACUUCAAGGUGGUCCACCCUCACCACCGCUUCAACCGCAUGACGAAGCGCCAGGCUGCACUCGUGUCCCUGUUCGUCUGGACUCUGGUCAUCAGUCCUCGGGUUCCCAUGCUGGCAUACAACCACAUCAAGGGCAGCGGCAGCAACACCCAGUGCUUCUUCUUCACGUCGUACAAAGAGGCGUCGCGCGCCAUCAUCAUCCUGGUCGCCACGCACCGCAUCCUGACGGUGGUGGAGUUCAUCUUCCCGCUCGCCUUGCUGGUCUUCUGCUCCGUGCGGAUCUCCAGCUUCCUUCGGGGGAGACGGAUGGGAAAACCAGACAAGGUGCGGAAAGCGAUGCGAGUGUGCGCCGCCAUUGUGGCGGUGUUCAUGGUGUGCUUCUUACCCACCACGGUGACCACCAUCGGGGUGUGGGUCAUCCGCUCGUACCGGCCGUGGGACUGCGCCUCCUUCUACACCUUCACCCAGCUCACCAUCGUGUCUCUGGGGCUGAACUUCCUGAACUCGGCCCUGGACCCCGUCAUCUACGUGUUCUCCAGCUCCAUGUUUAGGAAGGCGCUCUGCAGCUCGCUGCCCCGCGCCCUGCGAUGCACGACGGACGCAGGCGAUGGAAAGAACGCCGCGUCCUCGACGGAGAGUCAGUCGACCACCAUGCAGGAACUGAAGUCCAUGAGAGCCGACAGAGGGAGCGAAGCCUUGUAACAAACCCGGUCAGAAGUCUGACUCUUCUUCUGACCUCACGUCUUUGAGUUUCACAAAGUUCAGUUUUUAUAAAUUGAUUUAACAUCAAUCAGGCCCGGUGCUGUGGGGUGAUCUUAUCAUUCCUCCCAGGUCGGACUAUUUCAUCAUCAGUUCUGUUAAAUACACAGACGCCUGCCAGGAGCUCUUCCUCAGGUGUUGUUGUUGCACCUGUUUAAGACCUGUUGGAUGUUUGAAGUACCAAUGAAAACAUUAUUUCAUAAAACACUUAUUGUUUGGCUUCCAGAGAAACGCUGUGGGCAUGAGGGUGUACUCAUAUUCAUAAGGUUAAAUAACAUUUUCCCAGGGUCAUGAGAUUCUUAUGAAAGUUGUGUAAUCAGACUAACUGUCACUAUCGUCUGUGUAAUCAGAGACCCCAGUCUGAAGUUUCUGAAAUCUUACUUUGAUGUAAAUGUGAAAAACUCUGACAUCAAAGACAGAAUUCUGGAAUUCUGACUUUAACGUCAUAAUUGAAAUAAAAGUCGUUAUUUUUC